AUGCCCUCCGAUAACCCAGAUCCUCGGCCUCGAGAACCGGCGCUCAAGGGUAAAUCCCGCAAGACCGACCCGAAUGCCCCCGUCCGAAAGCGCCGCAAGAGAACCGUCGUCAGCGGGGCCCCCGACGACUGCUUUGCCUGUUCCAAGCGAGGAGCACGGUGUGAUCGGCGCAGACCAUACUGUUCUCAGUGCCUCGAACUUGGUCGCGAAUGUUCCGGAUACAAGACGACGUUGACAUGGGGAGUUGGAGUCGCAAGUCGAGGCAAGCUCCGCGGGCAGAAGCUGCCGGUGAUGGAAUCGGAAGAGCAAGCGACACCUGCGAAACCUCAACCAAAGGCCUCAAAUAGCAGUGGUCCGUCUUCAUCAAGGACUCUCUAUAAUGCUUCCGUUCCGGUGCCUCCGGUCACUGGCCCAUCAGUUUCAUCGUUCGACGCUGGGACCGCCAAUGUGAAAAUGGAAAGUCCGCCGCCCAUGAUGCCGGGAUUCGAUAUGCCGUGGACAAUGGAUAUGCCAGAUCCCCAGUCGUGGUCCAAUACGGCUGCUUCAACACCCAAGAUUUCCGGAUUGCCAUUACCAUCCCGGCCUUUGGUGCCAAAUACUACUCAAUGCAUGACUCCGGACACGGUAUCGCAGUAUGCUCCUAUAUUGAGCCCAACAGCCAGCUUUAAUUCGCCAGUCUGGCCCACUGCAAUGCCUUUGUCAUAUCAGCCUGUCACUCCGCCGUCAUCACACGAUGCUGAUGAAGAGGAUGUCAAGAGAGAUCCCAAUUACCAUAUGCUUUGGAACGCCGCAAAUUCCCCGUCACUAUCUCAGCUCCUUUUGGCGCGAUCUGUGGGAAAGACGCCUCGUCUUCGUUAUCUCAUCAGCUACUAUGCUGAAGUUAUUGCUCCCAUGAUUGUUGCUUUUGACAGCCCAUCAAAUCCAUUCCGCACGCAUGUCAUCCGUUUGGCCGUGGAGAGCGAGGCUUUGCAAGAAGCAAUUGCAACAUUAGCCACAAGUAACUUGCGACAACGGCGAAAGCAUAACCAUCGUUCUACUGAAAGAACAUUACCGGCACGUAUGGCAUCGAUGGCUCAUCGUGCCCUUACCGAUGAAGACUUCCAAGACCGAUAUGGCAUCUCCGUUCCGGAAGGAUACCAGAGGGAAGAAAAUCACCACCGAGGGAUGGCCGUCAAGGCUUUGAACGCCGAUUUGGCUGACCCCCGUCGAAGAUUGUCAGACUCGGUGCUGGCGACACUUCUAAUGCUCUGCUUGUUCCAUGGCUGUGACACUGGUGUCGCUGAGUUCCGGACACAGUUCGCAGGAGUGACAAGGCUCCUCGCGAUCCGAAUGCGCCAUUCUCGCGUGUUAACAGAUGAUCUCAAAUGGUUCAUCCGCAUGUUCUCAUGGUUUGAUACGCUUACAGCUACUACGAAUGACCGUGAUGUACAGCUUCGUGGGACAUGUUUAGAGAUCAGUUCGAAAACCGACGGAGAAUGGGGGUUGGAGAAUCUAGCUGGUUGUGAUGGUCGUUUAUUCAAAUUGAUCUCUCAGCUGGGCCGCUUGAAUCUUCUCAGUCAGGAUCAAACUCCUAAUCUCUCGCGCCCAACUGAUGCUGCUGUGUCCACCGCACCACUUCCUCCUUCUAUGCUAUUCCCAGGGUGGGAGACUGUUACUCCAGAUCCUAUGGCUGGUUCCAUGCCGCUUCCUGGGUACGGGUUCUCCCUUCCCACACCGCCGCAGAGCAGCGAACAGUCCCGUCGGCCAUCCUCUCCAGAAUUCUGGACUGAAUGGUAUUCACUUAGGCAGCGACUUGAAUCCUGGCGAUUCGACCCACCUGCUGAAGCAUCCGCUUUCCCCUCUCCACCCUUGUCUGCAUCUACUAUGUCAUGGAACUCCACCAACUAUACCGUGCCGCAAACCUCAACAUCUGCAUACCAAGUGGCCCCCGAGAAUCUCCAGGAUGUCUUCCAGAUCUCGGAGUGUUUCCGCCAUGCCGCGCUUCUAUACUGUGAGCGCCUAGCGGAGCCCACUCUCCCAUCACGGCAUGGACGUAUCCAGCACCUCGUCCAACUGGCUAUGCACUGUCUCUAUACCGUGCAAUCAGAUGUCUAUCUUCUCUGGCCACUAUUCAUUGUGGGAUCAGAGUGUGUUGACGAGAAUCACCGCUCGAUCAUCCGAAACCGCUGCAAGGAUAUCUCCAAGGAUUCCGGCUUCGUCAACAACCUAUCAUGUCUAGAACUCCUAGAGCGGAUCUGGGCGGAGUAUUCUGAUGAAUCCUCGUACCCUGUUUAUCCAAGCGACUUCGGCCCCCCACCUCCGCUGGCUGGAGGUCGGGCACCAACGUCGCAGGCCUUCCGAUGGUCCCAAGUCAUGCAGGCCAAGCGGGGCGGCGGAGAAUACAUGGUGGCAUAG